GGCCGGGCGAGACGCCUCCUUCGUCCCUCGUCCCUCCCCUGCGGCGGCUGGCGGGGCCCCGGGGCGCCGCGCAGCCAUGUCUGAGGCGGGCGGGAGCGGUGACUUCUCCUCCCCGCGGAGCUCGGGCUCGGACUGCAGCCGCCCCUCGCUGCCGUCCACCUCUCGCAACGGCGCGGUGUCCGAGCACAAGCAGCAGCGGCUCUCGGGCGGCCUCGGCCGCCCGCGCCCCCCAGCCUCCGAGGACGAGGAGGAGGAAGAGGAGCCGGAGGUGGCGUGGGGGAGGCCCAGGCGGCCGGAGAGCGCCGAGGCCACGGGCGGCGGCGACGAGCGCAGCAGGAGGAUGAUCCGCAACCAGUACCGGGAGCUCAUCUACAGCGUGCAGCAAAAUCGUGAGGAUAUGCUGAAUUCAAAAAGCAAUAAACUGACAGAAGCUUUGGAAGAAGCCAAUAAGCUGUUCAGUGGAGUCUCCUGUGCACGAGAGGCUGCACUGGAUGCCCAGUUUCUUGUCUUGGCAUCAAAUCUAGGAAAGGAGAAAGCCAAUGAAUUGCACUCUGAGAUGACAGCAUUUGAUUCACCAGCAUAUGCGGAAGAUUUACUAACAUUCAUGGGUCUAAAUCGCAUAGAAGUAGAAGAAAAGGAUAGUGAUAAUGAGGGCAUUUCUGGUGGAUAUUUACCUAGUAAUGCCUGGCAUAAACUGGGAUCAGAAGCAGAGAAGUAUUUCAGAAGAGCACCUUCUUUUCACUACAUGUUGGGAUCUUUCAAGGCUGAUCCUCCAGUACCAAGGCAACGGAUUGAGAGGCAGAAAAAGACUACAGGAAGAGAAGAAAAAAGGGCAAUGCCUGCUCAGUUAAAAAAGAUGGAGGAAUCUCAUCAGGAAGCGACAGAAAAAGAAGUAGAGAGGAUCUUGGGAUUUCUGCAGACUCAUUUUAAAAAUGAUCCUGAUGCACCUAUUUCCUUCUUUGAUCUUGUGAUUGAUCCAAACUCUUUUGCACGCACUGUGGAAAACAUUUUUCACGUGUCCUUCAUUAUAAGGGAUGGUUUUGCACGAUUAAAACUGGAUGAGGAUAAAUUGCCAGUAAUAGAGCCUGCAAAAGAUGAUGAGGGAAAUGAGGAUGACCGUAGUGCUCAAGUACGGAACCAAGCUGUCAUAUCUCUGAGCCACCAAGAAUGGAAGGAAAUUGUGGAGACAUUUGAAAUAACAGAACCCGUGAUUGGUCCUCCUUGUAACAGCAAUGAAGAUGAAAUGGAGAUAGCUUAAUUCUUCAAGCAAGUUCUUUUCAUAAAUCAAACUGAAUAAAUAAGGAUACAAUGUGUGAGUUCCUUAUGGACAUAGAAAAACCUGCAAAGAAGCUACCUGUGGUUACACAUGUAGAAACACUUUAAGAAGGAUAAUUAUUUAACAUCUGAGAAUUUCUGUAUUCUUGAUCUCUUCAUGGAUCAAAACUUCCCUUCUUUAAUCUUCUUGGCAGUUACGAACUGAAAAGACUUUACUUUUACAUUUGAUGGCCAGUUAAGUGGCAUGCUGUAGUUCAUUUUUGAGACUCUAAACUUGUACUCGAAAUGCAAUGCUAUGAAGAAUCAUAGCAUAGUUUUUGUACUUUUUUAAAACUUACUGACAGCUGAUGUUCUUGUUAAUAGAUUAGUCUGAAGAAGGGCUUAGGGGAACAGGAAGAGAAGACAGGUUCCUUGCAGAAUCUUUUAAAUAAUAGGACUGAAUUAUUUUAUUAUCAUAAACAUAUUAAGUUCUAGAAAUUAAUUACAUAUUGUCUUAAUGUCUUCUCUUUUUUUCCCCUUAGGUGCCUUAAAGAAAAAUAUUUUAAAAUGUUUCUUUCAAGUAAGGUUUUAUGUGUAUAUAUUGUGCAAUUAAAUUUAUUUUUAUUAGAACCAUUU